CCUCCUCUGCCCCCCUUGAGCGGCUAUCAUUACACUAGCACAGCCAAAACAAGUCGGGAGGAGAAGGAAUGAAUACAAUGACUGCUGAAAUCAUAAAAGACAUCUCCCAGCCCGACUCACCUGUCUCCUCCGCACCAGAAAACGGACAGCUGCUGUUCAUCCGAAGCGUCGCGUCCAGGAGAGACACGCAGACCACCAGCGGCAGUGCCAACCUCGAAGAGGGCAGCUCCCAGCCCCUGGUCUCCUCUGCCACCGCUCAGCCUCAGUCUUACACCAUGACAUCGAGCGAAUUCAUGCAGUCCACCCCCCUGUUCGUGCAGAGGUCCAAGAAGAACCUGUUUUAUAAGCUCUUGUGCUUCCUCGUGCUCGUUCUGCAAGGAGGGAUGUUGGAUUUCUACCUCAUCGUCUUCACGGAUCUCUACUGGUGCUCGUGGAUAGCCACGGAUUUGGUGGUUAUAUCAGGAUGGGCGAUCUUCUUCAUGAAAAACGCCAGGAGUAAGCGAGAACGAGCCUGUGGUUUCCACCAGAAGAGCUCCAUCUUCGGGUGCAACCUCGGGGAGUUCACCUUCGCGUACUUAGCAUGGCUCAUCUACGUGAUCGCGUCCACCCCGAAAGUGGUGCUCGUUCUGGAAACGUCCAUCCUGGAUCUUAUUGCCCUGAAGGUGCCAUUUGGCAUCACGGGGUUCAAAAUAACCAUGUUGCUCUGCGCGCCUUUGCUUUACUGCCUCAUCAACUCCAUCAUUGAAGACCCGAACGGUGCCACGCGCUUUCACUCCCAAGGCUCCUUCAUUAGCACCUGUUUAGACAUCAUGGACAGCUUCACUCUGGUCGAACUGGUCCUUAAAAACGAAAUCGCCAACAUAUACCUUAGGUACACGGUCAUAUCCGUGUAUUUCAUCGCAUUGGGCGUUCCGGUUAUUUGGCUUUACGAGUUGACGGCCUCGGAGAUGAACUGUCGCUGGAUAUGGGCGAGGUUCUUCACCGGCGUUCUGCUCAACGCACCGCUGUUGGUGGUCAGAUGUUUCCUCGUCUUUGUUUACAAAAUGCCCAUAUCGGUUUUCAUGUUCAAGAACAUCUUCUUCCUUGGGUGUAAGUGCCUGGAGCUGGUUGAGCAGUGCGUGUCCUUACGAGGUGUCCGGAGGUUUGCACGUGGACGUGGGGGUAACACAGCCCAGUUCUCCCAUUGCGUUUCCGAAAAUGACAUGUGUCCCCAUGGUUAUGUGAACACGCUAGCAGUCAAUACUCAGUCGUAGAUGUUCAUUGAGGACUAACUAACGCUGACCGGAGGCCACGUCAAACAACAGUGUGCAUCAGCCCUUUUGAGGGGAGGUACUGCAGGUGCUAACGUCCUUCUUAUUAUUUAAAAUUAAAUCAAAAUUAACCAAUAAAUAAAAUGUAGCCUACAUUGGCUAAGUUACCUUUUAGUAAAAGAGCAAUUAUGAGGUUGUUCAACAGUAGCCUACAGUAACCACAAAAUGAUAGCAAACACGCUCUCGCGAACGAAAGUAACCAUAGCAACAGUAGCGGCGAGCGUUAAAAUAGAUACAACCACUUUCGCUAUUUAUCAGUCUAUUUUAUAAUAAAAAAUAACAAAUGAAAAAUAAAUAAAUAUUUGCCAAAAAUUACUGAGAAUAAAUCCUUUAAGAAAUCUGCUCCCUGCAGGUAACGGAAUAAUUCGCUCCCUGGCCCUUACGUUUUUGAUGAAUAUGCAAACUAACGUUUCUCGUCAUCUUAUUAAAUUUUCACAGGUGUGCAAAUAUAGGCCUAACAAGUGAAACAAAACACAGAAACAGAACAUCCUAAAUACAGAAACAGAACUAACAUAAACAUGUUAGCUAGUAUUUGAGAUGUUUUUUGGAAAAUUGUGCCGAAUCAAAAAGACAAAUACAACUAAAUCCACAUUUAAGCCCACAGUACCUCUCCUUAAAGGGAUAAUUCACCCCCAAAUUUAAAUGUUGUCAUUUUCUCACCCUUGUGUUGUUCCAAACCUGUAUGAGUUUCUCCCCUCAGUUGAACACAAAAGCAGAUGUAAUCAAACCAUUUAGGUUGACAUAGCCAUUGACUACUGUCCACUGUAAUGCCAACAUUCUUUAAAGUAGGCUAUCUUUUGUGUUUAACAGAAGAAAGAAACUCAUACAGGUUUGGAACAACACAAGGGUGAGUAAAUGAUGACAAAAUGUUCAUUUUGGGGUGAACUAUCCCUUCUCCUUCACUCUCAACAGGUGCUACAACCAAACCACUCAACGUGCCAAUGAUAAACAUUCCCACCUGACCUCUGCAGUAUAUACCUAAUGUAUUGGGAUGACUGUAAACCAGUGCUUAUUUGAUGAUACGAGAAUCUUUGAUUUGCACUUGUUUUGUGAGGCACUUUAAUUACGUGAGGACUAUUCAACUGAGGAAAGUGCAAUGUUGUAUAAUUUGUUUUCUAUGUAAAAAUGUCCUCAAUUUAGUAGGCUAUAAUGUAGACAGAUGUUUAUAGUGUUUUCAGACACCUUGUCAAGAGAUGUUCCUAAAUGCACUUAUCAAAAGUGUAAAUAUGCCUUGUGACUUGUUAGGCUUGGUGUACACUUCAAAUUGUGAAUGUGAUGUAGUCCUUUCCUAUUUGAAAUACUGUCAGUGGCAAUGGUACUUUGGAUUGGAAACUGCCGAACGGCAUAUGAUACGAAUUUGUGAUGUUCCUUAAUGUUAAUAGGCUAAGCAUAGAAUCUAUAAGGAUAACUGUAAACCUUCUUUAAUGACCAAACUCCAUUGCUGCUCCAGCCAUGUUGCCAUCAUCAGUUUUUACAAGGCUACCUCUUUACAGAACCUCAUGUUUGAAAUCAUGAACCAGUUGGUUUAUCUGCUCAAUUCCAGAUGCUAUUUUCAUGCCAGUAAAUGAGUUAUGAUUAUCACAAUUAAUAACAUUUGGACCAACCAAGACAAUUGUGAUAGCGCUGAUAGACAGAUUGCGAGAGGACACAAUCCACAAAUCUACAUUCUACAAAGCCAAAUCAAUUGCUUUAUUAUCCAAAUCUCAGUGAAAUUUCCCACCUUAAAUGGACACAGUUCACACAAAAAAAUAAUUUACUCACCCUCAUGCCAUUUCAAACCUGCAAGACUUACUUUCUUCUGUGGAACAGAAGAUAGACAACAAUUAUUGACAACAAUUGUUUUUUUAGAGUGACCUGAGGGUGAGUAAAUUAUACUUGUCACAUAGUACUCAUUUUAGGGUGAAUUAUCAACAGUUUGGUUGAACAGUAAGAAAACAUGUCCUGUCACUUUUAGUUAAAACAGCAGAGUAUUUUAUAUUCUAGUGUAACAUGUAAUUAAUAACAAUUGUGCAUCCUUAUUCUAACAUACAGUAUAUAUAACUCUUGUGCUUUGAGGAUUGGGGUACAGGGUGAGCUAAACGUGUUAAAUAUGCAGGCCGAAAGUGCAUUAUGGGUUUUUUUGUGCCUCAUUGCGCAGUAUUUAACCUGACAAAUAUAUACCACCGCAUACUACGCAUGUUUUUUUAAACUACAGGUUUUAAAGUAUGUACAUAUUACAUAACCUUUUUUGACAAGGAAAUCAACUUCCAACCCCACCUCUCUCUCUAUUGUUCCACAACGUUUUACAGAGGAUUUUCUUGCAAGGGCUUUAUUUUGCAAGUUAAGUUACUGUUAUGUUUACACAAGACAUUGUUUGCACUGUAACAGCUGCAAGGGUCUGGAAGUAUCCUGGUUAAAUUGGUUAAAAAGUAAUUUGAGUUCCAAAGUCUGAUGAAGCAAAUAAAGUGAUUCUUUAUCUAAA